GUUCGGAGUUCGGACCCGACUCUCCCGCCGAGUCUCAAGAGCAGACCCAGAACUCAAUGAUCAAAUGCUAGUUCCAAAUAGACUCACUCUCUCUCAAGUCCCCAAGUUUCCGAUCAAUCCCAGCUUUCCCAGACAAUAAGCGUAGAGGAGUUGAAAAUUUCUUGUGACUAGCAAUGGCUCGGGUAGAUGAUUACCUUAGGAAACAAGCUGCUGAAUUGUUGCAAGCUUUGAAUGAGGGAUGCUAUAAAGAGGACAAUAUCCCCUGCCAGAUUGAAGAGGUAGUUUCUAACGGACCAAGUACAAACAUAAAACAGCACUUUGAUGAGUGUUUCGAUUACAUUGAAGAAGCUAAAAGAUCUGGUGGCAGUGUGCUGGUUCAUUGCUUUGUGGGAAGAUCCAGAAGUGUGGCUGUUGUUAUUCCUUAUCUUCUGAAAAAGCACGGUAUGACCCUCUUCGAAGCUCUUGAUCAUGUGAAGAGUGGACGAGCAUGGGCAGCUCCUAAUGCUGGUUUCAGUACACAGCUGUAUGAAUAUGAAAUGUUUCUUUCUGGUACUUUGAGAAGCAGUUAAGGAGAAAAGAGAGCUACAAUGGGGAAAUCAAGGCACUUCACAUGAAGUAGUGAUGCAAAGGAUGGAGUCUGAUCAUUCAUUGGUCCUAAAACUCAAGAGAAGAUGGAGAAAAUUGCCGUGCAAAACAGUUGCAGAGAAGCAGAAAACAGAGUACAAGAGACUGCCUUAUUUUCUUCUGUUUUGGGAAGCUGUUUUGAAGAACCUUCGAGUGGAAUUAUGAAGAAAGGCCUGGCAAAAUUUGAAGAUCACAUGUUCUACUAUAACGUCAGUAAAAGAUUUGGUCCAGAAUGAUAAGCAGGAAGCGGGAGGCUGUGCUCAAAUUUGGUUCCUCGAGAAGACUGUUUCCAUCAGCUUUUCAGGAAGCUUUUUCAAGGACUUUUAUACUGGACUUAAGGGAUGAAAAUCAUGAAGUUCUCUGCCUAGAAUUUAAGAAUAUAUGUUGUAGAGUAGUUUCGAAUCAAGAAUCAUCCAUAAAGGUGGUGUAAUGAAGAAGUUACGAUGCUGCAUAGAUGAGUAGAAGAUAAGGAAAAUCUGGAAUUUCUGACAAGUCUUUAUGCGAAGCAUUUUCAUGACCGUUGUUGGGCCACGUUUCAAGAAGCUUUCUAGAAGGUUUUUGCACGGUUUUGAAGGGUGAUAUCAGAAGUAUUAUGUGGCAGAAUAUCACCUUCAAAUCUGCUGGGAACCCUUGUCAAACAUGGAGAGGAAAAUCAAUCCUAGUUGAGAAAGGAAAGUGAAUUAAAGGUUAUAUUUUCUGAAGAUAUUCUUGGCAGAUUUUGGGACGAAUUUUAUUGGAUUUUUGCUGCAUUAUACUUAUCAAGAGACU